AUGGGUAGUAAUGAUAGUACUAUUACAUCUCAACAACAACAACAACAACAUAGUGGUAGUUUGAAAGAAGAAGAAGAAGAAGAUGGAACUUCAACAACUGAUAAUAGACAAAAUAAUAUGAUGAUGAAACAAAAUGAACCUCCUCAUUCAUCUGGUGGUCAAGUAAAUAUAGAGAUUAUUGAUAGUUUAAAAGAUGUUCAUCAUGAUGAAGAUUAUACCAAUGAAGAUAGAAAUAGUGUAUCUGAACAAACAAAUACAGCAACCGAUGUAACCAAUACCAAUACAAAUGAAACAAACUCUGAAUAUGAAGAGAUUGAAGGUUAUAGAUAUGGUUUAAUCAUUGAUUCUGAUGAUUCAACAGAUAGAGCCUUUAAAGAAUUAUUAACUAGAUUUGAUAAAGAAAAAGAUGAAUUAUAUUUAUUUACUGCUACAAGUUCAUUUGAUUUUUUAAAUGAAGAAAAGAAUAAUGCAAAAUUAACAUUAUUUAAAUUUCAAAAUUAUUUGGAUUUAUUAAGAACACAAUAUAUAACAAUACAAAUAGAAAGAAUGAAUUUAUUAUCAGGGAUAAUAGAAUCAUUGGAUGAAAAUGAAAUUGAUUUUUGUUUUGUUGGAUCGAAAUGUUUGGAAAGAACUAUUAAUCCAGAUAAUUUAAUCUAUGGAUUAUUUAGUAUAGUUAAAAAAACUCUACUUGGUACAAUAGUUUAUGGUUUGGAAAAAGAAUCAAUUGAUAAUCCAGCGGAUCAUAUUUGGAAAUUAAAUGUAAUUGAAUAA